GUUAUGGUUUUUGUUUUGGCACCUUCUUGCUGGAUGCAAAAAACUUCUAUUGCCCCAUACUCUAGGCAGGUGAAGAGUUGAAGAACAGUUGUCUGUAAUCACCUGAACAGUCCUGACAAAGAUAAGGCUUGGCUGGCAGAAAGGUGAGGUGUGUUGCCUUAGCAUCAGGAGGGGAGACGCUAAUCAGUGUACUUCAUCCACAGAUGAUCAAAUCAUCAAUCAAGUGGAAUUCCUUAUCAUCCAACCUGAUUCACUUCAAUUGGUGCAACUUAAGCAAGUUAACUGUUCACUGUUCAUCCCCAGUCAUCCUUGCCACAAAGACACAAUUUUAAAAUGAUGUCAUCUUCUGAAACAGUGUUGAUACUUCAUUUAAGUGUAGAAGAUUAUUAGCCACUGUUAAAAUUUGACCAUCAUUAGCAUAUUCACCAGUUAGAGAGUUGUAGGAAACCAGUUGUUAUUUGUGAAGACACCCCAUAUAUGUUAAUAAAAUUCUGGCUACAAAUGUUGGUUGUAACUUGUUUUUAAGCAAGUUUAGUAUGACAAAUUAGCUGGGAAGACUUGCUUAAGAAUAGACCAGACUUGGGGCUGGGGCUUGCAUAUGUUUGAAGGCAGGCUGGUGAUGUAAGGGGUGAGUAGUGGGAUGGGAAGGUUGCCUGGGGGAGAUUAUGACCUCUCCUACCUGCUCUGUGAUGCUGCAGGGCCCCAGCCAGCAGGGGAUGAAUGCCCUGCCUCCUUCCACCAGGCUGCUUAGAGCAAAACAGCAGAAGAAACAUCAGUAACUAAAGUGGCUGCUUCAAAUCAAGACGGGAAGUGAGCACCACAGGAGACACCAUGCGUGAGUGCAUCUCUGUUCAUGUUGGUCAAGCUGGAGUUCAAAUUGGUAAUGCAUGUUGGGAACUCUUCUGUCUGGAACAUGGCAUUCAGCCAGAUGGCACCUUCAGGGACCAACCCAGCGAUGACGACUCUUUUGCCACAUUUUUCAGAGAGACAAGCACUAGAAAAUAUGUGCCACGGGCUAUUAUGGUGGACCUGGAACAAACUGUAGUAGAUGAAGUGCGGACUGGCACCUACCGGCAGCUUUUCCAUCCAGAACAGCUGAUCACUGGAAAGGAAGAUGCAGCAAAUAACUAUGCCCGUGGCCACUACUCCAUUGGAAAAGACAAAAUUGACAUGGCGUUAGAUCGUAUACGCAAACUGGCUGAUGCCUGCUCAGGGCUACAGGGCUUCCUGAUUUUCCACAGCUUUGGUGGGGGCACAGGCUCUGGCUUUACCUCCUUGCUGAUGGAACGCCUCUCCAUGGACUAUGGAAAGAAGUCCAAGCUAGAAUUUGCCAUCUACCCUGCUCCCCAGGUCUCCACUGCUGUCGUGGAGCCCUACAAUUCUAUCCUGACCACGCACACCACCCUGGAGCACUCAGACUGUGCCUUCAUGGUCGAUAAUGAGGCCAUCUAUGAUAUUUGCUGCCAAAACUUGGACAUUGAGCGCCCAACUUACACUAACCUCAACCGCCUCAUCAGCCAGAUUGUCUCUUCCAUCACCGCCUCGCUGCGCUUCGAUGGUGCCCUCAACGUGGACUUGACCGAGUUCCAGACAAACCUGGUGCCCUACCCACGCAUCCACUUCCCCUUAGUGACCUACGCCCCCAUCAUCUCUUCUGAGAGAGCGUAUCACGAGCAGCUCUCGGUGGCAGAAAUCACCAGCUCCUGCUUCGAGCCCAACAACCAGAUGGUGAAGUGUGACCCGCGACAUGGCAAGUACAUGGCUUGCUGCAUGCUGUAUCGUGGCGACGUAGUUCCCAAAGACGUCAACGUAGCAAUUGCUGCCAUCAAGACCAAGAGAACUAUCCAGUUUGUGGACUGGUGUCCAACAGGCUUCAAGGUUGGGAUUAACUACCAGCCCCCCACAGUUACCCCAGGAGGAGACCUGGCCCAGGUUCAGCGAGCAGUCUGCAUGCUGAGCAACACCACGGCCAUUGCAGAGGCCUGGGCAAGGCUCGACCACAAGUUUGACCUGAUGUACGCCAAGAGAGCCUUUGUGCACUGGUAUGUGGGGGAAGGCAUGGAGGAAGGAGAAUUUGCAGAGGCCCGGGAAGACUUAUCUGCCCUGGAGAAGGACUAUGAGGAAGUGGGAACUGACUCAUUUGAAGAUGAAAAUGAUGGGGGUGAAUCUUAAAAUUCAGUUUGCCCUUUUCUGUGCAUAAGAUUGCCUCUGUGUCUCUUUAUUUCAUGUGGCUGCAUUUUUGCUUGUUUCACACAUACCAAGUCUGUAGGGUGUGUUAGUAGAGUGCAAACAUUAUGAGUUUAAAAAAUACCAUCUCCACUAUGAGAUCACAAGACAGUCAGCACAGGAUAUAUGACCAGCUAAUGAUUAGCCACUAUUCCUCAGAGGGCAACAGGCUUCAUUUCUUUGCCAAUAUAUCAUGUAAACAAGUUACUUCUGGAGCUAAGGGUCCGUCUACUGUCACUUAUUCAAUACAAAGAUACAGUCAUGUAGCUGCAAUCUCAUGAUCUGAGAAACUCUUGCUUCAAAAUGUCACAAUAUUGUGCUAAAAACACUAAAUGAAGAGACAUUACAUGCAGUGCUUAGUCUUUAUUUCAUACUAAUUCAAAACAUAACAUUAGUAAAGCUGUAAGAUUCAGUGAGAGCUCUCAGUUUUAAGUAUAUCUGCUCCUUCAAACAUUUCUGGAAGAUAUCCUAUUGAAGCUUCCUUAAGAAAAUUGUAUUCCUUUGAUUCUUUCCCUCAUAUGCUUGUCUCAUUUCAUUUUGCCUGAUCUUACCAAAUUUGUCUCUCCUUCCUUAUGUUUUUCCAUGGGUCUCACAUAUUCUCCACCACCUCCAGCCAUUAUUCCUUUAUUCCUCCUCACUAGGCUCUGCUCAGAAUCUCCUGCCUGUCUAAUCUUUACAUUAUCACCCUCCUUGAAACCCUCUCUCUUUUCUGGGUCUUCAUGUCUCUGUGAGAUGCAGUGUGGCAGGUAAUGAAGCUGUAGUCUGCAGACAUGAGGGCAAUGACCUCUGGCAGGAGAGUACGAAUGCCAAGGAAAUGUGUAGCCUACAACUGCAGCUGGAAAAACAUGCAAGGAAGCCCUAAGCAUUCAUUUCCCUUUUAACAGAGCCUUGGACAAAGGAGAAAAAGUUCUUGGCACUAUUGGAACCAAGAACUUACAGCUAGUCUUAGCGCCAUUGUUUCUACAGAUUUUGCCAGGUGCCAUGAGCAGGGGCACAAUUCAGUGGGAGUUUAGAAAAUGCUAUGCUUGUGCAGCAAUUGUGUAACAAUCAAAGCAGGACUGGUCUGGAAGCGCAAGUAUGUGGACAGCCCUGUUGUCACUGCUAAAUGGAUAACUUCUCUGACAGAACUAAAGGCCUUAAAAUGAGCAGCUUGUGGAAUGCAGGACAGAAGCAUUACAAGUUCCAUCAAACUUUCUGAAACCACGGUAAAUCAGAGCCAUGACAAAGAAUGUGUGCCAUAGUUACAGGUGGAAUGUCUGAAAACAUAUGACUUCACAACGUAGUCUUCAUAAUUAAUAUUUUUGCAUAUUCCCAUUGUUCCAUGAUUUUAGAACUGUGUAUUGUUGAGGUAUGCAUGCAGAUGGCCAGUCCUGGCCUGAGGUUAAACUGAUGGGAUAAUAUGAGAAACUGCUACAUGUUGCAGACAAUGGAAGGGGAAGAGUGGCUGGUCAACCCCAGGCUGGGUCUAAACUAGUAAGUCGUAAUGGCAGGAGAAACUACCAGACAUUACACAUAGUGAAAGGGGUGUUUUGGGGACUCCCCUUGAGUGAAAGGUGUCAACAGAAAAUGAAGGGGGUGGUUCAACUAAAGCUGAAAUUACCAAAUAAAAGUGUAAAAUCAGAAAAACAGGGCCAGUGGGGAAAAAGCUGGGGUAUGUGUUUAUUUGGGGGGAGGGCAUGAAAAGGGUGAUACAAGGCAAAGCAAAUCAUGCAAUAGGGUCUGUUUGUGGGUACCUGUCAAGCAGCCUCAAUGCCUGAACAACACCUGGAACAAGACAUUAAACCCAUUGUUCUGACCUUA